UCAAAGAGUGGUGUUAGUUUCCAUAAACAUGCAGAAGGGUGGAAUGCCAUAGUGUUUGGUAAAAAAAGAUGGUUUUUGUAUCCGAAAUCAAAGAUGCCACCAGGAGGAAUGUAUCCAGGCUAUUCUCAAUUAGACUGGUAUUUCUCUAUUUAUCCUGCAUUGUCAGAAGAGGAUAAACCUAUUGAAUGCAUUCAGAACGAAGGAGAAAUGAUGUAUUUGCCAGAAAGUAUGUACCAUUCCACUAUUAACCUCGGAGACACCAUAGCGGUC